AGCGUAAGUGUAUUAUGAUUUAGGUACGCAAACAUCUGACAUUCCUGUCAAAAUCUUUUAAUCGUAUACGUUGGUCGACGUAGAUACGAAGAUAGUGUCUAGUGAAAAGUUCAUCCUAAAAAUGUUUAUUGGAAGAUAGCAUUGAACAAAAUGAACAAAAAUAUGAAUUCACCGUCUAAACUUACGGAGUUCGCUCCGUUAAGUCCUGAGGAAAGCCAACCUGUUGUAGCUUCUCUAUUUUCCAAAUUUUUUAACUUCACUAAAAGUUCACAAAAUGUUGAUGAUUCUACAAUCUCUUCUACUACCAAUGAAGAACAAAGCUCGUCUGAUUCUGAAUCUUGGAAACAGUCAGAAAGUACUGAAAAAUCACCUGAAGAUGACAGUUCAAGUAUGAUGAAUUUUCCAUUAGAUACUCGUGAAGGAAGAAGUUUACCAAAUGUAUUGAAACGUAUUAGUAAUAUUGUAGCUUUGAAAAGUAAUAACUUACGCUCGUACAAAGAUUCUCAAUUAAGAAGUUAUUGGAUGCCAGAUAGUGUAAGCAAGCAGUGUUAUGAAUGUGGUGAACGAUUUACAACUUUUCGCAGAAGACAUCAUUGUCGUGUUUGUGGACAAAUAUUCUGUUCGAAAUGUUGCUCUGAUCAGAUUCCUGGAAAAGUUAUGGGAUGCACCGGUGAUCUCAGAGUAUGUACAUAUUGUUGCAAAGUAGUUUUAUCUUAUUUACAAUCAUCAGACAUGAGAAGCGAUCUAUCAGCAGAUUUAAAGGCAUUGCAAGAAGACCUGCAAGUUAAAUAUGGAAAUAAUUCACCACCUGUCACACAGAAAUGUUCAAAUGAAUCAGUAGAAGAUGAAAGUUCAAUCUAUAGGAAACCAAGUAUAGGAUAUAUGGAAGAAAAAUAUGCUAUUGGACGGCCAACAACUAGUUACUUAACAUCACAGGAACGUUCUAUUGUCUUACAAAAUUCAGCUUCUUUGAGAAUGAUUUAUGAAGAAUUAUUUAGAUCCAGUCAAGCAAUUAUCUUACAAACACAUAGAGUUAGACUAAAAAGUUAUCAUAAUUGCUUUCUGGCCAAUGAAUUAGUAAAUUGGAUGAUAGCACAAAAUAAAGCAGCUACUCGAGUGCAAGCUACUGCUAUAGGCCAGGCAUUGCUGGAAGCUGGAUUCAUAGAACCAGUAGUUGCUGACAAUAUAUUUAGUGAUACAACAACUAUAUUUAAGCCAGUCAAAUUAUCAAAUAUGCAAAGUAUGGAUUUGUUAAUUGAAACUCAAAAUACUUGUGAUGCUCAGGAACCAGCAUGGGUAAAAACUAUCCCACAACAUGAUUCAACAACUGAUUCAGAAAGUGAAACUAAACCUUCGAAUUCAAUACAACAAACAACUGGACGUUUACCAUCAUCUAGUUCAAGUUUUUACUUAGAUUUAAACUUAGAAGCAUCUACUGUUACAUUAAAAAGACCUACAUCGGAAGACUUAACUACAAUUUCUGUAGAUAGUAGUGAUGGUAUUAUUGAACAGAAGGAAGUCACAGUAAAAUCACAUAAGUGUAAUUUCAAGAUCGCUGAUGAUCUUUUAAAUGAUACACUACAAGUACAAGAAUUUAAAGAAAAGAAUGGUUGGCAUAAACCAACAAAUUUGCGAACUGUGUUUGGAGAACUACAUGCAUAUGAAUGUCUAACAUCUUCGUACAAGCAACAUGAAGAUUCACUAAUUAAGCAACUUCUUAAUAAAGAAGGUUUAUCACAAAGUUGGUCAAAAGUAAUACUUCCCAUCGCCCAUCAAAUUAUUGAUUUUGUUAGACCAGAUUUAAAUCAUAAUGUGGACGAUUUGGAUAUUCGACAAUAUGUACAAGUAAAAAAAUGUCCUGGCGGAAGUAGAGAUGAUUGUGAAAUUGUGUCUGGUGUAGUUUGUACGAAAAAUGUUGCACAUAGAGGAAUGAACGCAAUGAUAGCUCAUCCAAAAAUUUUAUUACUUCAGUGUGGACUCAUGUAUCAACGCGUAGAAGGAAAAUUAUUAAGUUUAGAACCUGUGAUGUUACAAGAAAAUGAAUAUUUGGGUCACACAGUUGCUAGGAUUACCGCACUUGGACCAGAUGUUGUACUGGUACAUCGUUCUGUUUCAAGAUUAGCACAAGAUAGACUCAGAGAAUGUGGGGUAACACUUGUUUUGAAUGUAAAACUUAGUGUUCUUGAAAGGAUUGCACGGUGUACAGGUGCUAAUAUCGUGAAUACUAUUGAUGCACACAUAAGUGCGAGGUAUAUGCUUGGUACAUGUAAAAAAUUUUAUUUGCGAAACUUUUCAAAUGAUAAAAAUGGUAUUAAAACGUUAAUGUACUUUGAGGGAUGUGCAAAUCCACAUUUAGGAGCUACAAUCUUGUUACGAGGUGGUUCUCAAACAGAAUUAAAAAAAGUAAAGAAUGUGACUUCAAUGAUGAUUUUUGCUGCUUAUUCUUGGCGUCUCGAAAAGUCAUUUCUUAUGGAUGAAUUUGCAAGACCACCAUCGUCUAAAGAUAAUCCAUUUUUGGAUGAAACGUGCAAAGAUUUCAAAGACUUUCAAGAAACCAAUAAAAUAUUACAUGCUAAAGCUAGCGAAGAAAAUGAUUUAUUAUUGGGUCAUUGCAAAGAAUAUACAGAGAGUCAGGAAAUUUUAAAAGUAUCAGAAGUUCAGGAAGAUUCUGGAAGUAUAUCAAGCGAUAAACUAUGUCUACAAAUAGAACUUUCAUUAAAUGAAGGUACACCAAUAAAAGACAUAGUUUCAUAUCAGACUGAGAAUAUGUUGUCUUCAAACUCCAUUAAACAAAUAUCUUCUAUAUUAUCUGAAGAUAUUGAUCCUUAUGAUACUUUAAAAUUAUUUAAGUCCAAAACAAAAUCUUCUGUAAUUGACGAAAAAGCUGCAGGGAAUUGCCUAACAAGUAAAAUAAACAAUGAUAAUUUAAAUAAUAGUUCUGAUCUUGAUAUAGAUGACAAGCACGAUACAAAUAGUACAGUGGAAUUAUUUGGUGGAAAGACUACUAUAAAAGCGAAUAAAAGUAUUAAAGAAGAAGUUGAAAAAUCAAAAAUAAAAGAUAAAGUUGCCUCAGAAGAAAAACGUAUUUAUGGUGAAUCUAUUAGCGAUCGUAGUGAUCCUCUUCAUCAAUACUUAAAUGAAGAUGAAGAAGAUGUCUUUAGUCAAACUAGUCCAAAUGGACAACAUUUGAGCGUUGCCGAUUUACCAUUAUUAAAUAAAUUUAAGAAAGCAUUAGAAGGCACUAUAUUAAGCGUAUCGCCUUAUUUAAAAUUUUCUGUUCCUUAUUUAGAAACUGAGACAGGAAGAAAUUGCAUAUUGCGAAGUUUUUUCCCAAGAGAAAUCUUUUAUUCUGUACAAUUUAUGGAUAAAGUAAAAGAAAUUAAAACCGGUAAUGUAUUUACAGAACAGUCUGUAACUGAAAACCCAUUAAUGAAUUUAAAAUUAAAACCACAACAUCCAUUUGUUCAAGCGAGAUUAACUACAGAUGUGGAUAGCCGAAAGGUACAAGCUUUAUUAGCCAAUUUUAGAGCAUGUGGUAGUCGCUUAUAUCCAAUGAAUAAUGUUUUAUCGGAUAAACAAAUUCUGAUACAAUCAGAAGUAACUGAACAACCUCCUAUGUGGCCCGAUUGUUUAGAUCCUGCUAGUCAUCAACGUUUAUCUGUGUUAUUUUGUAGUUUCUCACAUACUGGUAAUAAUGAUACACCAGCAUUUUGUGUAAAUCCUUGGGUAGUUAAUAUGGAUUUAUAUGGAAGAAAUGAUAUUGCGCUUGGACGUUUCUUGGAACGUUAUUGUUUAACAUCUGAAUAUAAAUGUCCUGCUCAAGCAUGUCGAGCACAAAUCGCUCAUCAUAUCCGACGAUUUGCACACGACGGUGGAUGUAUAUAUAUUAGUUUAAGUGAAAUGAGCACCGAUCCAUUUUCUCAAGAGAAUGCAAACCAAAUUUUAAUGUGGAGCAAGUGUAUGAAAUGUAAAAGCGUUUCACCAGUAGUUCCAAUGUCGGAUGAUACUUGGUCUUUAUCUUUUGCAAAGUAUUUGGAACUACGGUUUCAUGGAAGCGCGUACGCCAGACGCGGAACAGACACUUGUCAACACUUACUUCAUCAUGAUCAUUAUCAAUAUUUCACAAAGAAAAAUAUGUUAGCUGUGUUUAAAUACACAAAAAUAUCGCAAUGGGAGAUUUCACUACCACCUCCGGUGAUAAAUAUUAUGUAUGAUCCAAAACAACAUGCAGACGUGAUAGAAGAGAUGAAAAGUAUAGCAUUGAAAGGAGAUGAAGUUUUUUCUUGUAUACGAGAAAAAUUGACAACUUUGCAAACUGAUAUAGAUAUUUUAAAUGCUGUUAAACAGCAGCUAUCUAAGGAUCAACAGUAUUUCAAAAAUAAAAUUGAAGAAAUUCAGUUGAAAUUGACGUCCCCCACUUUGGAGAACAAAAAACUUGAAGGAAAAGUAUCUGAGAAGCAAGUUCAAGCUCUAAUGUUUAGAAUUGAAGAUGGAAUAGUAAUCCUCAAACGAAUAAUAUCAGAAGUUGUAUUUACUUGGAAUGCAAAUAUCUUGGAAAUGUCCGUUAAAAAGAAGGAUGAAAGACCAAGACGAUUUACUGAACGAUCGUUGACGACUGGAAGUAAUAGUAUAAUUGAUACAGAUGGAUAUAUAACAGAAGAUACUGCAUCAGAAUCGCAGUUAGAAGAUUUAAGUCCUAUGUCAGCGGACUAUAAUGCUGUUGAUGCCAUUGCUGCUGCACAAAAUGACUUACAAGGAAUGGAAGGUUUAGAAAAUUCAGACAACGAAGUCUUAGAAAAUAAUAAUCCCGAAGACAUUGUUAUCAUUCAAGAAUCUCCAAAAAUGCAUCAAAGAUCACAUUCUGAUGUUCUGCCUAUUACUUUUGAUGAUAUGCCAGAUAAAAAGAAAAAGAAAAAGACUAUUCUAUCACAACUAUUACCUUCCGUUCCUGUUACUCAGCCAAUAGUAAAUCCUUUAGGAACUUUAGAACAUCAUUUGCUUCCUCUUGGAUCAGUUGUACCUAUAGUGGUAUAUGAAUCAGAGCCUUCAUCUAUAAUCGCAUAUGCACUAGAUUCACACGACUAUAAACAUGUACUUCAGGAAUUAAUGCGUACGACGAAAGGACCUGAUUUAAAUCCCAGUCCCUUGAAUAAGCGUAAAUUCCCUGAAAAUAAAGAGAAUCUUCCUGAUGUGAUCCAAUCUGGAGAAUUUAAGCGGCCAUCUGUUUUGUCAUUUUUCCGAGGAAAUAGUCCAAAUCCUGCAAGUCCCUUAGACUCUGAUAAAACUAUUUCAAAUACGGAUUCUAGCAUACAAAAUCCAUCAACGACAGCAGACACGGAUGAGGACAAGAAAACAACAAAACAACAAAAUUACAUCGAAGUUCAAUUUAACGACGCAACGACAAAUUUCUAUUGUAGAAUAUAUUUCGCUGCACAAUUUGCUGCUUUCAGAGAAAAUGUUUUACCGUGUGGAGAGGAUGGUUUUACAAGAAGUUUAUGUCGAAGUGUACAAUGGGCUGCAAGAGGUGGAAAAAGCGGAAGCAGUUUCUGCAAAAGUAGAGACGAUAGGUUUAUUAUAAAAGAGAUGUCUAAACUAGAAAUGCAAAUAUUUCAUGAUUUUGCACCAAAUUACUUUUCCUAUAUGGAAAAAUGUCAACAGACUAAGCAGCCGACAUUGUUGGGAAAGAUAGUCGGCGUUUACAGAGUAUCUUUUAAAAACAAUACAACAAAUGCAGCACUUCGAACUAGUGUAUUAGUGAUGGAGAACUUAUUUUACAAGAGAACGAUAACGGACAAAUUUGAUUUGAAGGGAUCAGUGAGAAAUCGUCUUGUAAAUCCUGAUGAUACGUGUCACGAAGGAGAACUUGUAUUGCUCGAUGAAAAUUUAUUGAACAUGAGUUGCGAUUCGCCGCUCUAUAUUAGAUCACAUUCCAAAGCGGUUUUAAAUAGAGCUAUUGAACAAGAUACAAAAUUCUUGGCUGAUAAUUCUGUGAUGGAUUAUUCACUAUUAGUAGGUUUAGAACCAAAUUCAGAUGAACUCGUCCUAGGUAUAAUAGAUUAUAUACGAACGUUUACUUGGGACAAGAAGUUAGAAACAAUGGUGAAGAAAACGGGUAUAUUAGGUGGCCAGGGAAAAUUGCCAACAAUAAUAUCACCAGAAGAAUAUCGAGCUCGUUUCAUAGCCGCUAUGCAUCGAUAUUUUUUACCUGUACCGGACAGGUGGUCUGGUUUAGGUAGAGGAGUAGAAACAUGAUAGAUAUGACUUUCACAUAGUGAGAUUUCCAAUUUUUCACAAAUACUGUAUACUAAACAUGUUGUAUAUAUAUUUUCUAUGCAGCCGACAUAAAUAUAACAAACAGCGUUGCAUAUAAAGAUAUGUAAUUGGAUAUUAAUAAUUUAUAGAAUUUUGUUUUUACUAGUCGACAUUACGAUAUUUUGUAAUGGAAAAGUGAUAAAAAUAUGUUACCAUUAUUGUAACAAAAAGUCUCAUUGUACAGUUUUAAUCUCAUAAUUUAUAUAGCGAUGUAACAUUCAAAUUAUGUCGCUUGUAUUUGGAUUUAUUAAUAUAUUGGUCAUUGUAUUACAUGUACAUAAUACAUUAAUAUUAAAGCGAAUCCAAGCGAAUUGUCUUUCCAAGUUCGAAGUACAAAGGGCGUGAAUGAGAAUUACGUAAAAUUAUAUAAAAGCACUAUGAAAGCACCAUUAUUAAUGUUUUAUUUAGAUCAGUUUUCAAAAUUAUGUACAUAAACAUUAUUUAUUAUCAUUGAUAGUCAAAUAAACAAUAAUAAUAAUUUUAGUAAUAAUAAGAGUUUCAUAACAUAAUAGUAUUUUCAUAAUAGUUUAGAUCAGUGUUUGAAAAUUUCUAUAUAUUUAAAAUGAACAAAAUU